UUUCAUGCUAUCUGGAUAAUAAAAGCAUCAAUAUUGCUAAAUUAAAUAGUUUUUUUGAAUAAAAAAAUUAUAUUAUAAUCUACAAUUAAUUUAGAUUAAAUCAUUACCAUUUUAUAUAAAAACAAACUUAAAAUCUAAUUUAAAAACUAAACUAGAUACGAGAAAAAAAAAUAAUAUUAUGGCUAUGAUAUAUUGUUUAUACAAAUAUUUAUAAUAAUACAGUUUUCAUUGAAUAAAUAACUAUAUAUAUUAUAAGUAGUAAUUAUAUUAUAUGGAAUUCUUUGAUUGAAAAAUAACUUAAAUUUAGUACACAUUAAUGCUUCUAUUCUUCAAGCGGAUUGGAUAAAAAUUUAACAUGAAGCAUGUAACUUAUGAAUAUUCCUAAAAAUACAAAACUUUGUAAAUAAUUUUUAAAUUAUUAAAUUUCAACAAUUAAAGCAUUUUUAAAUUAAAUGCAUUAAAAUCGAUAAAUAUACAAAAAAAUUUUAAUAUCCAAAAAAUUUAUAAUAUUUCUAAAAUUUAGCUUAAAAUAAAAAUGAAUUCAAUUUAAUAAAUAAUUUUUUAUAAUAUAUCUUAUAUUUUAAUAUUUUAAUAUCGAUAAUUCGUCAAUCAAUAACUAUAAUAUAUUUAUUAUAUAUUUGAUUUAUUUAUUAUUAUAUUAUUAUUAUAUUUGAUUAUUUAUCUGUUUGUUUUUUUAAACGAAUUAUAGUAUUUAAUUUAACCAAGUUUUUAGUCACUAUGCAGAAUAGCGCUUGCGCAUUAUACUAAAUUUUCAAUACAUGAAAUUUCUCAUCUAACUCUACCCCCACGAUAUUCCCAGCCGGAAUCCGUGAAUCUAUUCGGGUGACCCCCGUCUCCGAUUAGCGGUUUGCGCAAGCGCAGCCAGAUCUUCUGGUUAGAGUGUCCAUUUUGAUCACAUGUGAGUAUCUCCAGUCUGUUCUCCCUUUUUCACGGUGAAUUUAGCUGAUCGACUUGUGAUCACUUGAACAAGUUUGUAAAACGUGCAUUAAAAAGUCUUGAGAAUAAAAAACAACAGUAAUUAAGAUCAAUUUAUAUCCGUGAUUUCUUUAAUAUAUUCCGACAGUCGGCAAUUUCGACGACGAACUACAUACAAUCCUUUUCGCGCCAUCUUCUUAAGGAAAACGGUCAAAAAACCGUAGUAAACUCGUACUCGAAGAAUAACAGAAUGGCAGAUAUAGAAGAUACUCACUUCGAAACUGGAGACUCUGGUGCUUCUGUAACAUACCCAAUGCAGUGUUCGGCUUUGCGUAAAAAUGGGUUUGUUAUGUUGAAAUCUCGACCAUGUAAAAUCGUAGAGAUGUCAACUUCUAAAACAGGAAAACAUGGUCAUGCCAAAGUACAUCUUGUAGGCAUUGAUAUUUUCACUUCAAAAAAGUAUGAAGAUAUUUGUCCAUCUACGCACAACAUGGACGUACCAUUUGUUAAACGAGAAGAUUACCAGCUAGCAGACAUAUCUGACGAUGGCUACUUAUGCCUAAUGGCUGAUAAUGGAGAACUCCGUGAAGAUUUGAAGAUUCCUGAUGGUGAACUGGGUGCUCAAUUACGUGCUGAUCAUGAGGCUGGUAAAGAACUUCUUUGCACUGUGCUGAAGGCAUGUGGUGAAGAAGUCGUAAUCGCCAUUAAAACUAACACUGCCAUCGAUAAAUAAUUGUGUUCAGUCCAGACUCCACCAUCACAUUAAAGAAAAAACAAAACAUUCAGUUAACAUAUUAUUAAGAGAAACCUAAGAUACAAUACAAGAUGAUCAGUGGUUAAUAUAAGAACUUAUUACCAACAACAAAUAGAGAGGAAAAAGUGAGAAUCACUUGAGAAAAGAAUAAGAAGGGGAAAGAAAUGACAAGGAAAGACAAAGAGCCAGAAUACAAUUUAAAAAACUGAAAGGAAGAGAAAAAUGUGCGUUAGCAUAUAUAGUUGAGUAAUUAAAAACAAGUGUGAAGGAGGAGGGGAUUACAAAUAAUGAAAUAAAUAUAAAAAUAAAAAAAAUAAAAAAAUGAAUAAAAAGAGAAUAAACCAAGAAACAGUAUCAGCUUAAACUUGAAAAAUGGAUGUUUUUGGCGGCUUAAAAUAUUGGAAUUAAAAAGCAGUUUUGAUAGUGAGAAAUUUCGAAAAAGAACUAUUUCAUCUUGAUUUGAUUUAAAAAAUUUCAACAUGAUUAGAAUUCUAUUUAUAUUGGAAUUCCAGUUACUUUUCAAUAAUAUAUAAUUUUAUUCAAAAUAUGAUUUUAUUGAAGAUUUCAAUAUUUUCAAAAUUUUUAUUUCCUUACAAUAAUUCCUUUGUUCUAUAUAUACUUCAACUGGAGCAUCUUCAUACAAGUUUGAUUUUUUAAAUUUUUUGUUAUAUUCAAAUUUCAAUUCUAUUCACAUGUAGAAUUCCAAUUAUAUUAGAACUCUAUUCUUACGAUAUCCUAUAUUUAUUAGAAUUCUGUUUCUUUUUUCAAUUCAAGUUUGUCACUUUUUUUAUUAAAAUUAUAUGUUUUAGAAAAUCCAAUUUAAUCUAGAAUUAUCUUGUUUCGGUUUUUUAUAUCAUUAUAAUCUUUGUUAGAAUUCUAUGCUAUUGACAUAUUGUUAAAAAUAUUCAUGUCUGAAAAUCCCUAGAAAUUAUUUUUUCAAAAUCCUUAUUUAGAAUAAUCUUAGAAAUUUUCAUUUUUUGAAAUUAAAUUUUCAAUUCUUUAAAUUUUAGAGAGAUAUAUUUAUAAUCUUAAUUUGAUAAAAAUCAUUACUAUAAGUAUAUAUAAAAAUAUACUUUCUAAAUUCAUAUGAAAAAUUCAAAUGUUUCUUAAAAUUUAAAAUAUAAUUUUACAUUUUUAAUUAUAAGAAAUUACAUUUUAAUUACAAAGAAUAUUCAAAAUUGUAAAAUUUAAUUUGUUUGCAUAGAUCUAAUGAAUAUUUUUUAAUUUCUUAUAACUGUUAAGAAUUUUAUUUAAUUCAUAUUGUAAUACCGUUUUGUAUUUAACAGUUUUUAAAUUUUGAUAUUUUCAAAUUAGAAUCAAUACUUCAAACUUGAUAAAUAUUAAACUCUUGAAUUCUAACACAAAAUUUUAGAAUUCAGUUUGAAUCUCAAAUUCCUUACAUAUAAUUUAAGGAUAAUUUCAAAUUUGAGUUCUAAAAUUUUAAAUUUCAUGCACUUAAUUUUUGAUUUCUGACUAGAAAUUUGAGUUAUAAUGUAACAUUUAAGUUACAUUGAAUACUCGAUUUCAAGAUUAUAUACCAUCUAUGAAAAUAUAAGAAAAUUUAAAAAAUAUAAACAAUGAAUGAUAAGAAACAACUAAGCUACUAUAAUCUAAGCAAACUAAUAAUUUAAGAUUAAGACGACCUAGAUAAAUGAAUUAAUCGAUAAAAGAAACUGAAAUAAAACGAAUCAAUCGGCCUCACGGUCGUAUUUCAACCAUGAGAGACGGAAAUCUUUUUUUUCUGCUUCUCAAUAUUUGGUUUAAUUAAUUAUACACCAUUGCUGGUCGUUAAUUUGAAUUCUAACAAUUUUUAAGAUAAAGAUAAUUUUCAGGUACGCAACAAAUUUAAAUUAGUAAUUUUCUAAACAUGUGAAAUAAUAUUUCGAGAAUAUUAUUUUUAAAAAUAAUUUUAAUACUAAAAAUCUUAUUUUUUAAAUUAACUCUAUAUAUAUAAUUGGUAAGUAGUUAUUAGUAUUUAUGUAUUAAUAAAUAAAAUCUAAACAAUUAAUAAAAAUUAUUUCAAAUAUGAGAUAUAUACUAAUUUCUUAAGAUAUAAUUAUGUCAAUUUAAAAAUAUUCUUGAAAUAUUAUUCUUUGAUUUUAUUAUGCACGCAUUAAAUUAAUGUGCAAAAUAUUAAACUAUAAUACGAUAAAAUCUUAACAUACAAAAAUAUAUAGAUAUUUUUAGAAAAUAACCAGCAUUGGCGUAUAUAGGCGAAUACUACACAUGGAUAUACAUAUACAAAUACACACUGUGGUAAAGUAUAUGAAAAUACACAAGUAUAUACGAAAGUACACAAUUAUGAAAUUCGAAAUAAAACACAAACAUAAAAUAUAGAAAAUAAAUGGAUACCAGGAGCAUUUGUUUAUACGGCGCAAAUCAAUGGAAGAUAAAUGGAUAAAUAAAUGAAAAAAAAGCCAUGGGUGCUUUUGUAUCAACCUUCGACAAUAUUUUGUUCUCAUAAUGGUAUAUUAUGAAAACUCUGAAUCUUAAUAAUUUUGCUAUUUUUUUAUCUUGUUAAUUAACUUAAUAUUACACUCAUUUAAGUUAAUUAAAAAUAUCAAAAUUUAA